CCCAGGGACGCGUCAUGCCCAGCUGCUCGGAGCUGAGUCACGACCGGUUCCCUGUGCAUGUGCUUCAGUGAGUCAGUUGGAGCCUUUGGGAGUCACCAUGUCGUACCCCAACGCUCCCCCGCCCUAUGAUGACAAGAAUCCCCUCUACCCCCCGCAGCCUGGGGGCCACCCGCAGCCCGGAUCCUAUCCAGGGGGCUACUCACAACCUGCUCCGUAUCCCGGGGGCUACCCACAGCCUGCACCCUAUCCCGGGGGCUACCCGCAGCCUGGAGGGUAUCCUGGGGGCUACCCCCACCCAGGUGUCCCGAUACCCCCCAUGUCAACACUCCCGGUGAACCUAGGGGACAGCUACGGCAGUGGUGGCUCGGGGGAGGAGGACGGGCUGAGAGCAGGCACCAUGGACGACAAGAAAGUGCGACACACCUUCAUCCGCAAGGUCUACACCAUCAUCUCAGUCCAGCUGCUGGUGACCGUGGGCAUCAUCGCCGUGUUCACCUUCGUCUCCCCCGUUCGCAACUUUGUGCGGCGGAACGUUGCUGUGUACUACUGCUCUUAUGCUGUGUUUCUGGUCACCUACUUGGUGCUGGCCUGCUGCCAGGGCCCCAGGAGACGCUUCCCCUGGAACUUCAUCCUGCUGAGCAUCUUUACGCUGGCCAUGGCCUUCAUGACGGGAACCAUCGCCAGCAUGUAUAGCACCCGGGCUGUCCUGAUCACCAUGGUGAUCACUGCAAUAGUGGCCAUAAUUGUAACCGUCUUCUGCUUCCAGACCAAGGUGGAUUUCACGUCGUGUACCGGGCUGUUCUGUGUGCUGGGGAUUGUCGUCAUGGUGACAGGAAUAAUCACCGCCAUCGUCCUCUCCUUCAAAUAUAUUGCGUGGCUCCACAUGCUGUACGCGGCCAUCGGCGCCAUCGUCUUUACCCUGUUCCUCGCUUACAACACCCAGCUGGUGAUAGGGAACAGGAAGAACGCGAUCAGCCCCGAGGAGUACGUCUACGGAGCCCUGGAGAUCUACAUGAAUAUCGUCCAGAUCUUCAUCUUCCUACUGCAGAUCGUGGGCCGGAGCUAGAGUCUCCACGGAGCUCCCGGCUGGAAUUGCCCCGGGCCCAGGAGUGCUCCGGGAACACCUUGCCGCCUUCCUUUCCCUCGUCCUUUCCCGCUCCCCGCCCCGGCGUCUCUCUCCCAGGCCAACGGUCUCUGGUUUCCCUUCUCACCUGGGGAGCCCAGCAUGGCUACUCAGAGGGGUAGCAGGCGAGACUGGCCCGUCUGCCCUGCAGAAUAACAAGGCUUUGCCCAGAAAUGAAGCCAGUGUCAGCUGAUUUCUGCCUGCCCUGUUAAUUGCUCCGCUGCCCUCUGUGCUUCCACGUGGCCUCCUGUCUUUCUUUUCUCCGCACGCUGCCCCCGGGGGAUGGGUCUAUGCACCGAGUACAUCCCUGUAGCAUCCUCUCUUGUAGAGGUGUGUUCAUGGCGCUGCUUCCGAUCCCAGAUCCUCUAGGCAUAGCUCCCUGGGAAGUGAGGAAUCCAGGGGCAGCCCCUGCCUGGCUGGGCCCAUGACUCCGUUCUUUGCCAAUGGGCUCCCUCCAUUUCGGCUGCCUGGCGACAGGCUCCCUCCCCUUCUCUUGCUGCGUGCCCACGGGGAGGAACGUUCCUUCACAUCAUCAAAUUCGAAUCCACUCCAAGGAGAGCAGAAAGACGGGGGCUUAGUCCUGGCUCCGCUCUGACCCAAGGUGUGCAGGUUCCCUCCGCCCUGCAGAGCGCCCUCCGGUGGGGAGGAGCAGCGGGGGCUGCAGUCAAUGCACUGAGAUGAUUUUAGAGUGGAGGGGGGAUUUGUCAUCAGUGCUUUUCAAUUCCAGCAGGGUUUUCACCCUCCCCGUGAAUACAGAGCAGCCCAGACUUCAGGGCGAACACCAACGCUUGGGGCAGUUACAUGUCUUAAGCUAGCCUUAUGUUAAGUAAAACAAAAAGAUCUACUUAGCCACAGGCUGGGGCGGAGAAAUGUAGAGGCAUGGCCCAUGGUAGUGCUCAGAUUUUUGUUGUUUCUAAUUCAGUCUUUUAUCCUUGGUAAGCAAAGGGGUUUGUAGCGAGCUGCCAUAUUGUAUAUUUGACUAGUCCGGAAAGCCAAAAGACCUUGAAAUAACAUUGACAGGGGGCAGGCGAACGGCACAAGGGGAAUUUGCAAAGAAACAUGCUGUGUAUAUUGCUCAUGCUCUCUAGUAAGGGAUUCGCUUAUUGCAGAAGGAAACAGAACUGGGGCCGCAGGCAGCAUUGUAAGUCACCACCCCUAAUUCUAGAGGCUGGAACAGGUGCUUUAAGUGGGGGCAGGAUGGGGCGGAAACGCUGCGUUGGAGCACUCUGGCUCCCCCGAGGCAGUGCUGGUGAAGGGGGUGGGGGGCAGCAGCUGAACCCAGAGCCGGUUCCCAGCUCCUCAUGGGAAGAGCAGGCUCAGAGCUGGGCGGCUGGAUCAGAAUCCCCAGGCGAACGGCCUAAAGGGCAGGGGAACUGGGGGUGCAGCCAGCGUUAACCCUUUGUGCUCCUUCCACGACGCUAGCGGCUUGGGCCAGCCUUGUUCACUCAGUGCCUUAAAUCCCGAUGUUCCCGGCAGAUGAUUUGAGGUCAGCACAGCACAUGGCAGGGAGUCGCCCCUCGUCACAUCCAGGAAGGGAGAACAGCCUGUUCGGGAUGCCGGCCUUGGAGGCAGAGCUGCUGGUGAGCAGAGCCCAGCUCUGGCCUGGCUGAGGGCGGGGGCGUAGGCCAGCCGGGGUUAGCUUUGCUAUGCAAAGGGCUGUCGGGUGCGCUACAGAGGUUAGUGGAUUGGCUCAACGGCCCCCCUUGAGGACAGACCUAGAGACCCCUUCCUUGGGAGCGCUCCGCAAACCACCAGCCGGGUUCGGAGAGGUCCCCAGUCCAUGCAGCAGGGGCGUGAGGGGAUGGCUGUAUAGCGUACGCUGUAUUAUAUUCUAAUGCUGCAGCCAGUGGGAGCAGCGCGGUCGGCUCCCGGCACCAAAGAACACACACAAGUUGCACUCAAUAAAGUGAAACACUGUGUACUUUUUCAAGCA